AUGAUCGACGACGAAGGUAAGAGGUCGUUCACCUCUCAGAACAUCAAGGACGAGGACGGCAAGGUCCUUCGGGACCCCACGUUUAUUCGCCAACGGUGGGCACGGUGGUUCCACAAGCUUCUCAACAUCAAGUCGCCGACCAUUGACCUGCAUGCGGCUGACAAGGUCAAGCUGUGGCCCACGUGCGUGCCACUCGACGACAUCCCAUCUCUACUUGAGGUUGAGGAAGCGGUACGGGAAAUGGCCAACAGAAAGGCCAUCGGGCCGGACGACUUACCGGCUGAGCUGAUCAAGCUUUUCUUGGACGGAGAUCAAGGCUGCGAGGAAACAAUCGAGGUCACCGUGCGCAAACGGAGACUGUGUUUCGCGGGCUUUGUUACGCGCAUGGAGCACAGCCGCCUCCUCAAGCGCAUGCUGUUAGGAGCGAUGGCGGGGGGCGUGGGAUACCGGGGCGGGCAGGAGAGCGACUGGGUGUCUCGUCUAGGAGAGGACCUCGUGGCCUUCAACAUGGGAGACGACAAGGAAGGGGGUAAAUGGAAAGAGAGCGCCAAGGACCCGGAGGUGUGGUACAACAAGGUCGAGGACGGGGCGGCAUGGUUCAUGAGGAAAUGGCACAGGCAGGAGGCGGAAGCGUCCGCGAAGCGCCAGCGCGCAAGGGAAGCAGAAGCAGAGAGUACGGCCAUCUCAGGACCGAAGAGAAAGAGAGCCGGGGAAGCGGCGGUGGGGGGGAAGAAACGGCGACCGGGCACUGCUGUAGAAGCGAGUAGGGCGGCCGAGGCAGCACGUGUGGCGAACGAUGUACCCGGCUGAUGUUGUUGCGCCCUCUUUCUCUCCCUGCUGUAUGCUAUACUCCUUUUUGUAUGUCCUUUGUAUUGCCUUCGGCCUCUGUGCUGUGUUUCUUUUUUCAUGACCUCCCUGCCUACUUUGCUGUGUUGGGUACCUUGAUCUCGCUUUUGCUGUUGCCUUUGUUUUUGUACGUCGGGUUGUCUGCCCAUCUGCCGUCUCUUUGUCCUGUUUGCUCCGUUACUCCCAUGCCCUGAUGCGUAGUGCCUGGUGCUGGUACGUUACCCUUUGAUUUUUUCUUUAGGCGGGCGGGUGUGGGAAGCGUCCUCCUUUAUAUUUGUUUUUGUUUUAUUUGGUCGGUUUCCGAGGGCUCUUUUCUCGAACGGUCGGUGCGAUACCUGUUCUUUU